AGUGCUGUCAUACUCGAGGGUUUACGGUAAAUUGCGUAGCUCAAUAUGUCUGAUGCUUCCUGUUUAUUUUGGGCUUUGACUGCAACUGUCCUAAAUGAAACCUGGGAAUAUAUUUCCCCACUUUCAAUAAAUUAUUCCUAGUAUUUAUAACUCUUUAAAACAAGAUGUCAGUCACCGCCUUACGCCUGAUCCCAUGUCGGAGGCUGAGCUCCACAGGUCCUGGCCUGAAGAAAGUCAUCCCAUGGAAAGACAUUCGCAAAAUCGCUAAAGUAACCGGUGCCAUCGUACUGGGCGGCUGCGUUUUCAUCACGUACGAGGUGACCACGCUGAACAAGGCGGUCACCAUCCACACCCAGGCGAUUCUCCAAGAAAAACAGAAGUCUUAUAUCUACCUAACCCCCAUCACUAAGGUAGAACAGGAGACCCUUGGCACCAAUAUUACCUAUAAAACCAGGAAGGAGCUUCAUAAAGCAGCCAGAAAACUUAUUGAAAUUUCAUCACGAGUCCUUCACCGUCCCCUGGAUGAGCGCUUAAGCCAUCUGGAUGCAGAUCCUCAUGAGUUGGCUCUGUGGGUGUUGCUGAAGAGAACCAGCUCCACCAGUCGGCCAGAGCGCCUGCAGGCCGUACAGGACCUGGCACACAGACCCUGGCAGGAUUACCAGUACCAGACAGCGGCUCAGUCUAUAGACCAGCGCACAGCUAUCGGUCUGGCUCGGACUCCGAAUAUAGACCUGCGUUUCUUCCUUUCCCCACCUACGCUGCCUAAACUGGAGGAUGAGUUUCUAAUCGAGGAUGGUUUGAGGCAGCUCCUGGCCUCUCUGCCUCAGUCAGAGGUGGAUCAGUGUGUGCAGUACUUCACCUCACUGGCUCUGAGAGAGAGCACUCAGUCCCUCGCUUCUCAACGGGGUGGAUUGUGGUGUUUCGGGGGAAACGGACUGCCCUAUGCCCAGAGCCUCACCUCCAUCCCGUCUGAGAAGGUGGAGUCUUUCUGCCUGCAGGCCCUUGUACAGCACUCGAAGGUCCUGAGUCACUGUGAUCACAUUGUGGCCAAUGGAGGACUGCAGCUCCUACAGAGAGUCUACCAGCUUCGACGGGAUUCGCAGAAGAUUCAACGCAACAUUGUGCGCAUCAUCGGGAACCUGGCACUGAACGAGAGCUUACACACAGACAUCGUGCAGUCAGGUUGGUUGCCCGUCCUGGCGGAGAUGGCGCAGUCUCCUCACAUCAUGCAGGCGUCUCACGCCGCCCGCGCUUUAGCCAACCUGGACCGAGACACCGAGGAGCAGAAAUACCAGGAUGGCAUUUAUGUCUUACAUCCGCAGUGUCGCACCAGCCAGCCCAUAAAGGCGGACGUUCUGUUCGUGCACGGCCUUCUGGGAGCUGCUUUCAAAACGUGGCGACAGAAAGACUGUGAUCUGACAGAAGUGGAAAAAUCAGCAGGAAUUCAUGAAGAUUACACCGAGUGCUGGCCUAAGUCGUGGUUAGCGGCCGACUGUCCCAACCUCAGGAUCCUGUCCGUGGAAUACGACACGCAUCUGAGUGACUGGAGGGCCAAGUGUCCGGCUGAAAACCAGAGGAAGUCUUUAGCGUAUCGGAGCGGAGAGCUGCUGAAGAAGCUGAAAGCGGCAGGAGUAGGCGAGCGGCCUGUGGUCUGGGUGGCACACAGUAUGGGAGGCUUGCUGGUGAAAAAGAUGCUCUCAGACGCCUUGAAGGAUCCUGAGCUGAGCUCGUUGGUUAAGAACACCAAGGGCGUGUUGUUCUACAGCGUUCCUCACCGCGGCACCUUCAUGGCCGAGUACUCCGUGAACGUCCGCUAUCUCCUCUAUCCCUCUAUAGAAGUCCGAGAGCUCUGCAAAGACUCUCCAGCUUUACAAGACCUGAAUGAGAAUUUCCUAAACAUCGCAAAAGACAAAGAGUUUAAGAUCCUGAGCUUCGCCGAAACUCUGCCCACGGCUGUCGGCCCCAUGAUGAACGUAUUAGUGGUUUCCGCCGAGUCGGCAGAUCUGGGUCUUGGAGAUCUGAUAGAAGUGUCCGUCGAUCAUCUGAACAUCUGCAAGCCCGAGAAGAAGGACACGUUUCUCUACAAACGGAGCUUGCAGUUUAUUCAGGACGCUCUUGGAGAAGAGAUACUAAACUAAAUGUUUCUUUCCACGUCUUUCUCGGGAAAUCUACAUAACGUAUUAAAAAUAAAUAAAUAAAUAUUAUUAUUAUUAUCAUUAUUAUUGUUAAUAAUAAUAAUAAUAAUAAUAAUAAAUUAAAAUAAAUAAAUAAUAACAACAAUAAUAAUAAUAAUAAUAAUAGUGUCUUUACUCCUACUGAUUGGUUUGGGUUUAUUUUCUGCAAAGAAUCCUGUAUGAUUGUAUGAUUUCAUUUACACUCCAUCCCCAUGUCCUGUAAGAGUUAUUAUUUAUUUUUCUCGACUCUUCCUCCCACACUAAGAACCAGAAAGAAGGAUCACCAUCCUGCUGACUGCCAUCUCUCCAGACUUGAUCUUUACUUCCACUACCUCAAACAAUCCCGAGGGAUUCUACUUCACGAUCAGUAUUUCUGUGUGACUGAUCAGAGUAUUCUUCAGAAGGAGGAUAUAAAGGUUUCAUUUUUUGCCAAAAUGUAUCUCUAGCACUUAAGCACAACAAGUACAAUAAAGGGGCUGUGUGUCAUCUGAUGA